AUGGCAAAUACAUCCUUGGACACUCCAUUGACUGUUGGCAUCUUAAUAUUGGAGGAACAAAUAAAAGAGAUCAGAGCUGGGAUUGAUGAAAUGGUGAAUGAAAAUGGACCACAGAAGGAUAAAAUGGAAAGUGGAUUUAAAGAAGACACAGAGGCUUUGAAGAACCUUAUUGAUAAAGGAUUGCCAGUACAGGAGAGUGAAAUGGUAGUGCUGGAGGCAGCAGAUGAUGAAAUGGAGAAGUCCUUCACAACAGGUGUCUACAGCAAUGAAACAACCAAAUGGCAGAGCUGUGAUAUUGGAGGACUAGGAUGA